ACGAGCAAUCCGAGCAUAGAGAGAUGCGGAAAGCUAUACUAUAUACUAUACUACAAACGCCACCCGGGGAUAACGGUUAUACUGAAUAUUCUUCUCGAGUGUUUUUAUUCCUUGAUGACACAGAUCGUGUAUAAUUUCAACGAGUAAUACAACAAUUAUUGUCGCGGCGAGAAAGCAUUGACGCAGUGCGUUUAGUUGCCGAGUCGAUUUGUAUCGCGAGAUAUAAAUACACAUACACCAUAUACACAUAUACAUACAUAUAUAAUUAUAUGUAUAUACCAGACACGGGUAAGUGCGUUCAGGACUUUGGAAAAUUGGAGAAGUGGGGCGCGGUGAAAAGUACGUUGGGUAUUAUACGUGACGGGUGUUGUUUUUUUCGGGAGCCAAAGCCGAUUCAGUGUUUAUUUCAAAGAGACUUUUUGGUAUUUCUUGCUAUUUGAUAUCGAUAAUACAAAGAUCUGGAAAAAAUAUUGACACCGUCUGGGCGAGAAACAGAAAAAGAGAAAGAGAGAGACGGACAGACAAAGAUUGAAAAACGGCGGCCAUUUUGUCGGUUUGUUUCUCCUCCGAGUCGCUUCCCUCGGCAUCGACAUUCAUCCUUAUCGAGAUAAAAUAGAAGGAUAAAUUGUACGAAAAUGAUGACCGAAACGCAUAUGAACUCGAAUCACAUGCUGAAUUCUGGGCUGGGUCCGAAAGUGGAACUAGAAAAAAUGGACGACGAAGGUUGGAAGGCGAAACUCAAAAUUCCACCAAAGGACAAACGUGUCAAGACAAGCGAUGUGACGGAUACACGUGGUAACGAAUUUGAAGAAUUUUGCCUGAAGCGUGAACUCUUGAUGGGUAUUUUUGAGAAAGGAUGGGAAAAACCCUCACCGAUUCAAGAAGCCAGCAUACCGAUUGCACUUUCUGGUAAAGAUAUUUUGGCACGUGCGAAAAAUGGUACCGGCAAAACUGGAGCGUAUUCGAUCCCAGUUCUAGAACAGAUCGACCCACAAAAAGAUGUAAUUCAGGCAUUAAUAAUAGUGCCCACUAGAGAGUUGGCGCUCCAAACAUCUCAAAUUUGUAUCGAGCUCGCAAAACACAUGGAUGUCAAAGUAAUGGUUACGACUGGCGGUACUAACCUGCGCGACGACAUCAUGAGGAUUUAUCAGAAAGUUCAAGUGAUUAUCGCGACACCUGGAAGAAUUCUUGAUCUUAUGGACAAGAAUGUCGCGGAUAUGCAUCACUGCAGAAUUCUGGUACUUGAUGAGGCAGACAAGCUUCUUUCCCAAGAUUUCAAGGGCAUGUUGAAUCACGUUAUUUCCAGAUUACCCCAGGAACGUCAAAUAUUGUUGUAUUCAGCUACGUUCCCACUCACGGUUAAACAAUUUAUGGAAAAACAUUUGAGAGAUCCAUACGAAAUAAACUUGAUGGAGGAAUUAACACUCAAAGGUGUUACUCAAUACUAUGCUUUCGUCCAGGAACGCCAGAAAGUUCACUGCCUCAACACACUAUUUUCCAAGUUACAAAUAACACAGAGCAUAAUCUUCUGCAACUCGACACAACGCGUCGAAUUAUUGGCAAAGAAAAUCACAGAUUUGGGAUACUGUUGCUACUACAUACACGCGAAAAUGGCGCAGGCACACCGAAAUCGCGUUUUCCACGACUUCCGUGCCGGAUUGUGCAGGAAUUUGGUGAGCAGUGAUCUCUUUACUCGAGGUAUCGACGUGCAAGCUGUCAACGUCGUAAUAAAUUUCGACUUUCCAAAAAUGGCCGAGACGUAUUUGCAUCGUAUUGGCCGUUCAGGACGGUUCGGUCACUUGGGUAUAGCGAUUAAUCUAAUAACGUACGAGGAUCGUUUUAAUUUGCAUCGAAUCGAGCAGGAGCUCGGUACGGAGAUAAAGCCAAUACCCAAAGUUAUCGAUCCGAGUCUUUACGUUGCGAGACCAGAAGACAGUAGUAGUAUGGAAGAGGGUAACGUUUCUAAGUAGUUUGUUCGCGAAAAAAACGUGUUUUCUUCAUUUCUUUUCAUUUCUGUUUCUUUCGCUGAGUCGGUAAAGCGCUGCGAAAUGAAUAAAAAAAAAACAAACGUAAGAACAAUGAGACAAGAAGUAUGAAGGAAAAAGUUGAGGAGAGUUUAGGAGGUUUGAAAAGAAAAUGAAGGAACGAACACGCCUGAGAAGUGUAGGAGAGAAAUGUGAUUUUGUGAUUCUCGCGGUUGCUAUUUUUUCGGGCAAAAACAUUUCCAACGAAUCGGAAGGGGGCAAAAUGAAGAAACCAUUGUGAUGAGAGUUUACGAAAAACCAACGCAGAAGUCCAAUGAGAAACAAGGGUGAAAAGUUGAGUGUAUCUCUUCUAUGGGGUGUGAGACAACGAGUAACUCGAAAAAAGUAAAGCUGUAAACACAAAAAUUUGCCCCAAAUAACGAAUUUGAGAGUGAACUGAGGAGAUAAUAGGGCGUGGCAAAGUGGGGAGCAAUAUUCGAAAAGCGCAGCGUUACUUAAUUCCAACGAAGAAGAAUAAGAACGAGCCUUCGUCCAGAGAGAUCCACGAAACGAAGCAACAGCUAUGAUGAAACGAGCGUCUUUGAUGAGAGGUGCCCCCCCCUCCCCCCCCCGAGAGGCGAGAGUGAUUUAGCAGUGUAAACAAAGAAAAAGACAAAAGACCACAGUGCUGAAAAGAGGAAGAACAUUUCAAAUCGAAAUAUUAAGCGUAGAUCGUGAAUGGAGGACGUUAACAAUUGUGUGAGUGUGAGUGCGUGAUCGAAGGAAAGAAUAGCGCGAAUUUCGUUGGGAGAGAAGACAAUGGAAGGAAAAUUUACAAUUAUCAUCGUCGUAUUAAGCAAAAGCAGGCAAAAAAUAAAUAAUUAAUAUUAAAUAUGUUACUUGUAAAUAAGGUAUAAUACCGAGCAUGAGAAAGAAAAAGGCAAAAAAAACAAAAAUAAGAAACAACGCGAUAAUCACAUCCCGCUCUUCGCGCUCGGCCACGACAAACGAAAAAAAAAAACAAAAAACGCUAAAAAAAAACUACAAAACCCAGAGACUGAAGUGAGCGCGAGUGCCGGUGCGAGUCAUUUCUUGUACAUAGAUAUAUACGUUUAGAUGUACAUAUAAAAGAAAAGAGGAAAAAAGGAAAUACUGAACAGAAGCAAACAACAAAUACAAGCGGCGUGUAGCUAGAGUCAAGCCAUUAUCAAGAGCACAACGCGUUCAGGAAAACAAAGUCCAAAUCCAUUUCGAGCGCGUGUCACACUUCACGAAUGAAUUAUAUAUAUAUAUAUAUAUAUAUAAUACGCGAACACACAUUUAUAUAUGUAUGCAGACAUAUAUACAUUAAGGGCGAUUGAGAAAUGCGAAAACAACGGAUUAAGCAGUUUUUCGCACGAGCCACUCUUCAAACGUGAAUUAUUUGGGCAUUUUGUCGAAUGAUACUCGUGGAUAUUAAAUACGGUUUUUGAAAUGCUCACUCUACCUUGCAAAAUUGCGGGCGCUCUUUCGCUUAUUUGCUCAAUGUUUUUGAGAUUGAAUAGCUACUUUCUAAAUUCUCGUAUUCGAAAGUGCAGACUAUUUUUUCUUCGAGAAAAUAGGAUCGAAUGAGGCUAUUGGAAAUUUAUACUUUCGAAGACCUCGAAAUACUUGCUGUUUUUCGAAUGAAAUUUAUGAAUGGGUCUUGAAAAAUAUAUUUUGCGGCGUCCAGGUGAGUCGUUUUUCGUCGCUAACAAAUAACAGAUUGAUGAAAAAAAAGAAAAAAAAAACAAUCGUCGUUUUCUCAAUCGCCUUAAAAUUUACAAACAAAAAUCAUACGUACGAAAGAAAGAAUUUAAAAAAAUACGUGAAACUCAACUGAAAUCCAUCAUUGCAUUUUUAUCAUCGGUGUAAAUAAGCGAGAAUGGAGGGGAAAAGUAAAAAAAGCAAAAACAUAAGAAACGUCAUUUUUGAAUAGUGCGAGUAAAUAAAAGAAAGACGACAAAAUAGUACAGACACAUUUUUUAUACGAAGGCCUCAUAAAUUUCAAUACAACCUUCUACUUUUCUGUGUUCGGUGGGGAAAAUAAUACUAGUUAUAUUGAGCGAACGAGAACGUGUGGCGUGCGAGAUGUAAAUGUAUUUACGAAAGGAUCCUUAGGAUCUUGACACAGAAGGGAAAAGAACGAUCUGAAGCAAAGGAGAAUACUUGAGAAAAAAAGAGAGAAAAUACGCGUAAAAAGUCGAGAAGAAAAUUUUCCUUCUUUGCACACACUCGAUUAUUUAGAAAAAUACACAAAGGAUAAUGAUAAUGCAACGUCGUUUGAUGAUAGAAUUUUUUGACCGCCGAAUAGAUAAAAAAAAAAAAAAAAACAGAGAAACAACCAUUUCUUCCGUAUUCAGAUUUGAAAAGACGCCGACGAGAUAUUAACUUUUUUUCAGACGUUCGACGGAACCGUAAAUAAUUUGAUUUUGGCUUGAUUUCUGCUGAUUUGUCAUGAAAACAACUCUGAGGAUUCCAAUCAUCAAAACGUUUUCGAUUUUUUUUUCCAAAUCGAAGAACGAGAAAAAGUCUGAGGAAAAACACACAAAGAAAGGGAAAGGAAGCGGUGGAGAAAAUUUUUGUGUUAAAAAAAGUAUGAUUCUAAACCCAAAGCGUUUUUUUUUGUUUUAGUACGGUUACAGAAAAUCUAGUUUAUCGUAAAAUUAAAAAAAGUGUUCUUUUCUGUACUGGCUUUUUCUCGUCUUUCGUUACUUUUUCUUACAAUACUGUGAUUGAGAUUCAGAGUUUGUGAAAUUGACUAGUUUUAUACAAUUAUUUUUAUAACCAAUUGGCUGGUGGAGUUUCGCGAAACGCUUCAAGGGAUCGUGUGAUUUUUUUUGGUUUUCUCAGAGAAAAUUUUAAUAACUAAGAGAAUGCCCGAAAGUUUCGUAGAAACCGAAAAAUCCGAUGCAAUUAUUUGGGUUUUCUAAUAAAAUGUUGCAACACGAAAUCUGGUUGAUGCGGAACCGGAAUGCGAAAUAAUGUGGAAUGAUAUUUUAAGGCUCUACCUCGAGGCAUGAUACAACCUAUGAAAAAAUGACGGAAAGUCGAGUAGACAUUGCGAGCGUAUAGAAGUGAAAUUUCUAUUUUCGUUCUGUGAUAUCGUACGAUAAAGUCGCGAUUGGGAAACUCGGGGUGGGAGCACAAAGAAGUCGCUCUCGAAACACGAGUAGCAAAAAUUUCAAUUUUUCAAUGAAAAAAGUUGUGGUAGUUUGUGAGGAAACGAGAAGGGAAAUUACUCGGUUUGUAAUUGUGAAAGUCCGAAGCACCAUGAUAAUCGAAUGUGCGAGAAGCGAGCGUAGAAAAUGCACUGAAAAAAAACGAUCCCUGGGUAUUUUCGCGAAACGAAGAAAUCGCUUUUGUCCGAUCACAACAAACCGAUAAUCAUUCGCCAAAUCAUGAGUAAGUUCCCGAUUUUUUUUCCGUUCCUCCCUCCCAUACAAUUGCAAAACUGUCUUUAAGAGUGAUGACAGUAAGAGAGAGAGAGUGAGAAACAAUAGCGAAAAAUAAACGUAACAUCAUUCCGACAAGACCACCAGCCAACUUGACCUAGAUUUACGAGAAGAAAGAAUUAGGAGAUAGAAGAAGGAGAUGAGGGAGAGAAAAAAUUUGAAUUCGAGCAGCGAUCGGGCUAGUUUUGAAUUGAUUCGGUAUUAAAAUGUACUUGGAGGGAAAAGUCGAUUGAAACGAAAGUAGCGAGAAGUUGGGAAAAAUGUCUAUUGUCUCUCCAGCAGAAUUUCAAUCACGAAAUAAUUCAAAAGUUUUCUUCCUCCAAGAGUAUAAAAAUCAAGAGACAAUCAGUCUUACUAUUAGUGAACGAAGGAUGAGAAACAAGAUGCAAUUAUUUCGUAAACUUGUCCGAAAAAUCGCCAAGUCCAAAAAAAAAACUUUGUAUUCCCCAAUGUUUUCGUUUGCUUUUCUUCUUCUUAUAAUCGUGGAGUUUUCGAACGCUCAAAGUUCUCCGUCAAGCGAGACAAAAACUGCGCUCGAUUUGAAAAAAAAAGAGAGAGAGAGAGAGAAAAGUAAUAAACUGACGGAGACAUCGUCAGAACAAACAUUACGAAAGCACAAAAUCUUCGUUUCUCAGUCCAUUUUCUUGGUCUAUGUGGAAUGAAAAAUUGUUUGUUCGUCUUCGGGGAUUCGAAGCAUGCCUCCUUGGAGAUGGGAAACAACUUUUCACUCUGUAAAUAUUAACAAAUGGAAGAAAAUUCGAUAUGAAAAAAAGUCGUGUGCUCGAACCUUUUUUUCCGGUUUGAAAAAACAAAUGUGUGAAAUAGCUGUUGGGAUUCGGUACGAGAUUGAUGUAAAAAAACAACCGUUUAGAAUCGACGCGUGAAAAACUCGUUACCGAGAGGGCAGCAAGCUGGUAAAUUGAAAAAAAAAAAAAAAAAAACAGCGACAGAACGAGUGAUGUGUGUACAUUGUAUGAGCGUAAAUAUACAUUCGUGUAUAUACCUAUACACCAUUAAGUAUUUAUAUAUAUGUAUAUUUAUAUUUAUAUAUAAAUAUAUAUGUAUAUAAUAUAAUUAAAAGAGCAUCAUUAAAAUACGUCAUCGAUCAAAUGUAGAUGUUGAUGGGCACAUUUUGAGAAUAAUCGAAAAAAAAAAUACAUAUCCAUCUGUGCUCUUCGACGAAUAUAAAUUUUUCGAGUAGCAAAAAGGAAAAAAUCUUUGUUGUUCCUUCGUGUAUGGGCAUUGUAUUCCACGACGAUGAAACGACUUGUGAGAUAUUUUUGUUUCGUUGCUCGAAUCGAGUCGGUGGGAAGAAAUAAAUUCGGUGAAUUUUUAGCAAAAAUUUGAAAAAUAAACGUCUCACACUGACUCGCGUCGAGUUCUCCAGGGAAGGAAAGGAGGGAAAGGAAACCUCGAUCGAGACUAUAAAUUUUAUCCUCGCAGGGUUUCUCUCGAUCAUUGAUUGAUUACUGAUGGUUUUUUGUCCCUUCAUUCCGCUGGGAACGUAACGAUAUUACGCAAAUAAUCGCGAACGGUGUACAAUUUAUUGCGUCGUGUUGAAAUGUCAGAUUUCCUUUUGUUCUCAAGUCGAAAUCAUCGCGCAGCGAUUUCUAUUCUUGAUUGUUUCGUCGCCUUUUGACAUUUGAGCUCUGCUGCAUUUUGAAAAUUCAAUUGAUGCUCUCGGGAAGUUCUGUAGAAUUAUAUAUAACAAUAUUAUUUCUGAAAAUAUUAUGAUGCACCGAAUAAUCGACCGCGAUCGUAAUGCCAAUUGUACACUCGUUGCGACAGUGCGCUUAAAAAACGAACCUUCUAGAUUAUAGCGAGAUAUGUAGAUGAAUGAAUGAACGAAUGACAAAUUAUAAAGAUUCAAAGGAAAAGACAAAGUUGUGGGAAAGACGUAAAUGAAUAAUUGGUUAACAUCUGGGCGCGAAAAAUGAUAUUCACUGAGUGAAGACCACUAAUUUUUCUGAAUUUACCACUUUUUUUAAACUCAGAAUUCAGAUUUUUUUAAAACCCACUUUAGACAUGUUCCUCCAUUGGUUUUGAUCACGAAAAUAUUUUGAAAACUUAGAAAACGGUGUAACUUCAAUUUUCAUGCAUCCGGAUAUAUAAGAUAUUAUUUUUGCAGCCAAAUACGGUUCGAUAAAAAAGCGUAAGAAUCGUAAUAUUUCCUCAAAACUUGUGCAUCUCGAAGUCCUCCCUUCGCUGGGAAGAAAAUAUUUUUUUGCGUCGAUGGCGCGACGAUUUUUUUUUUUUACUCGAAUACGAACUAUUCGAGAGUCGUGUGAGCUGAUUUUUUUUAAGUGCAAAAAAAAAUUGGUACGAAAAGGGGGAGAAAAUUCCGCCGAAUAACGAGAGGGAAAAAAGAGGAAAAUUCUUUUUCUUUAUUUUUCAAGUCCGGAGGAGUAUUUCGCGUGAUUCGUAUUUAUGCGAAGACGCGAAAAGGAGGAGAAGCGAGUUGAGGGGGCGGGUACGGCGAAAUAGAAGAAAUUUGGAGAAAAAAAUGAAACAAAUUUUAAAAGAAAAACAAAAAAAAACGUUUACCGGAGCGUUUUAUGCAGUAGAUUUACUUCUCCGCCUCCCUCGGCCCCGACGUCGGCAAGACCAAUGUAAAACGCGCUCGCUACGUGUCGCUUCAAAAAAAUGAACGAAAAAAAUUCAAACUUCAAAGGAACAUUGCAUUACCUCCAUGAAAUAAAUUCACGAGAUGACUCGAUUUACUUCUUUUUUUCUCUCUUCUUUCACAUCCUGGCGGCGAUAAAAUAUUUUACGACACGUAGCAUCGCGUACCGGCGUCACAGAUUUCUCCACGCGGAGAAACAGAAUAAUGAUAAAAAUAAAAAAAUUUAAAACAACGAAAAUAAAAAACAAAAAAAACGAAAAACUUUCAAUUGUUCUAAGGGUUUGAUCGAGGACAAAAAUCGUGAGUUCCGAUGGACGCGAUUUUGUCCGUCCUCGAUUUGCGGCGUAAGAAGAAAAAAAAAAUACAAAGACACGUGUUCCGACAAAGAGGAAAAUUCUCUGAAACUGAACAUUUUUUUCUUUCAUGCAAACUGCAAAUGCAAAAUCAUGCGCAAAAUGAGGAAAGUGCGAAGAGGAGAGUGAGAGAACACUCGAACGAUCGCAGACCGUGAGAGAAAACUAAACUCUACUUUUUUCGACGAUCCGGCGUUUCGAUUGCGUGAAAAGCAAAAUAGUUUAUUGCGAACGGAAAACGAAUCGAAAAGUUCAUGCAGUGCACUCAAACGGAAUUUUCCCUCAGGGGCGCACGUGUUUUCGUAUUGGGCGAAGAUGAAAAAAAAGAAAAUGAAAAAAAAAGAAAAAAAAGUGUAAAGCGAAGCAGAAUAUUGUGGAACUUGGCUGGGGAAAAUGGUUGAUAAGCAGAAUGAGAGAAAGAAAAAGAGAGAAGAAUGAAACAAGCGUCACAAAAAAAACCCUCUGUCAAAAAAUCUGUUGAAAUUCGAAAACAAACAAACAGGAAAGCAAAUAUUGUCCGUUCCGAUUAAAGUGAAAAAUGUUAAAAGUAAAACGAACGGAGCUAUGAGCUCUCGGUCGAUCCUUGAAUAACCAAAAUGUGAAAUGAUAAAAGAAAAAGAAAAUCCAAUUCGAAAUAUGCCAGAACAAA